AGAUUUAUUUCAAUCCCUGUCUCUUAGUCUCUGUCUCUCAGUAUCAGUCUUUCCGUCUCUGUCUCUCCACCAAACGCUACCUAACUUCCCAAUUGCACUAAUUUAGUCCUCCAGAUUAAAAAAAAAUGCAUCAAGGUGGUCCCCCGCAUAUUUUCCGGUCAAAUUCCUUACCGCCGGGAGUGACGUGGCGAAUGAGUGCCAUGCUGGAUGAACGAAAACGACGUCGUAUUGGGUUUUGGCGCUAAAUCCAUUAAUAGACGACACUGUUUCAACUCAGCAUCUACAAAACUUUCAAACCCCCUCCCCCAGUAUUCAAAGAUCACUUCGUCUUCUUCAUCUUCUGCGAACUGAAAGUAUCAAACCCUGGCAUUCUAGACUCCUGGCGUGACUUUUCGAAGUGAAACAAUCUGGAGUUCAGUGGAACCUCUUCAUCGUUGGCUGAAGAUCGGUGAAGGAAGGAGCAAAGAUUCUGCGUGGAAUCUCCUGUGACAGAGGCAGGCAUGCAGAAUAUUACAUAGUAUUUUUCUGUUCUACGUAGUGGUAAGGUAUCGUUCAUUAUGGAUUUUACUUGGGAAUUUGGUGUAGAUUGAUGGGAAACCAUGGAUGCUAUGUUAAUGGAUAGGGUUUUUGCAUUGGGUGGUGCGGGUAGGGGUAAUCGGAAUGCUCUGUUUUCAAACCGAAAAUAUGGACAUUUCUAUAAUGGCAUAGUGACUGAAGUAGUUGUUAGGUAGGGAUUUUGGAAUAUGAUAUGUUGUUGAUUGUGGGUUCUAUAUUUUAGUAAAAAUGUUGUAUAUUUUUUUCCCGAUACAGAUGGAGAAGUUGCUGUAUAUAAUGUUCCAUCAUGGUGGAACGUUUAAGAAGAAUGCUGAUGGAAAGUUGGUUUACUCACCUGACAAUAGAGCUUGCUUAGGUGAUUUAGAUGAGGAUACACUUGAUGUCUUCUUCAUCAGGAACUAUUUCAAGGAGUUGGGAUAUGACAAGGUAGUUGAGUGUUGGUGGCUGGUUUCGGAGAGGAUCUUGGAGGUUGGAUUGAGAGCUCUGACCAUUGAUGAUGAAUUAAGGGAGAUGUGCUUCCAUGCACAGAGAAAUGAUGGCGUAGUCGAUGUUUAUUUCGAACAUGGAGUUUCAACACCUGAACUGUUGGAGGGGAAAGAAGAUGUGCUGUGUCUGGAUUAUAUUCAACAAGAGGAGCCUGGUGGUGAGUUAAACAAGAAGAACACCCCUGAGGAUACCUUAAAUGAAAGCAACAGUACCAAUCCGGCUACAUCGGCAGCUGACAUUCCACCCCCAGUGUAUGGACCGCAAGCUGAAGAGGUUGAAUUAUCCCAACCAAGCUAUGGUGGAAUACAAGAUGAGCAGGCACCACCACCACCAGCAACAAGGCCACCUAAGUUACCAACUAAACGGAAGACCACACCACAACCAGUAACUACUUCUGUCGAUCCCAUGCAAGGAGCAAGUGCAGCCACAUCUUCAAGGUUGGCAAGGUUCAUGAAGAUGGUUCCAACACCACAUUUCAAGGCACCAAGGAAGAAAAACCCUUGAUUGGGAUGUUGUAGCAGCUGCUUUAACAAUAUAUAUGGGAUUUGGUGUGUUUGUUGAUAUUUUGGAUUUUUUGUUAUUUCUCUAAGGGAAUGGCUCUUAUGUAGACUAUAUGGUUUAUUUUGAUUUUCUGGUAGUAGAUAAUU